CUAACAUUCUGGUAUCAGAGCUUUUAGGCGAUUCUUGGCCUGGUGAGAGUGUGUUUCGUGUGAGUAGUCAGUGAGUGAUUAUCACAAAGCAAACAAGAUAAAGAGGGUUAGUAAAACACAACACAAUGCAAAGCAAUGGCAAUGGCAACUCCUUGAAUCAGCUUCCCGUGUUCAAGGGUGUUAACUAUCACUUUUGGAGUUUGAAGAUGAAAACACUCUUCAAAUCUCACGAGCUGUGGACGCUUGUUGAAGAAGGUUUUGUUGACAAUACACAAGAAGAAGCAGAUCCAGCACUCAGAGAAAAAAGGAAAAAGGAUGCAAAGGCCAUUUAUCUCAUUCAACAAGCUUUGGAUGAUGAAAUCUUUCCCAGAAUUGCAGCAGCUUCAACUUCUAAACAAGCGUGGGACAUUCUAAAACAAGAAUACCUUGGAGAUAAAAGAGUAAUCAUGGUCAGAUUACAAUCUCUUAGGAGGGAGUUUGAAGCAAUCUAGAUGAAGGACAAGGAGUCAAUUCAAGACUACAUUUCCAGACUUACAUCAAUUGUUCAGCAGAUGAAAACCUAUGGUGAAGAGGUAACCUCUAAACAGACUGUGAGUAAAGUUAUGAGAAGUCUCACCUCAAAAUAUAGCCAAUUAGUAACAGCUAUUGAAGAAGCUAAGGAUAUGGAGACCUAUACCUUUGAAGAACUGAAAGGCUCUCUUCAAGCCUUUGAUGAAAGGCAGACUAGCAUGGAAGAGUCCAAUGAAGAAAAAGCAUUCCAAGCCAAAGGAGAAGCCCCACGAGAUAAUCCAUUUGGUGGACAAGGAAGAGGAAGAGGAGGCUUUAGAGGUGGUUACAGAGGCAGAGGUAGAGGAAGACAUCAAUCAAAUCAUGACAGGUUUGACUAUACAAAGAACACUUACAAACCAUCUAUUAAGUGUUACUAUUGUAAUAAAUCUGGUCAUAAAGAGGCUGAAUGCUGGAAGAAGCAUGGAAAACCAGCUUCCAGUGAGACUGAGCAAAGGUCUAAUUAUGUUGAACAAGAGCAAUUAUUCCUUGCUCAACACAAUUAUGAUCAAACUGGAGCUAUGGUAUGGUAUGUUGAUAGUGGUUGCUCAAACCAUAUGACUGGAACAAAAGGCAUGUUUCAAGACAUUGUUGACACUAAAAAAGGAGUUGUUAGCCUUGGUGAUGGAAAACAACUAGCAGUAGAAGGGCUAAGAACUAUUUCAGUACACACUGAUCAAGGCAAGAUGAAGUCCGUCUCAAAUGUGCAGUAUGUACCUCAAUUGGCUCAUAAUUUGUUAAGAGUAGGCCAAUUAGUGACUGGAGGAUACUCAGUGAUCUUUGAGGAUCGGAGAGACUAUGUACAAUUAAGGAUGUACAUACCAGUGAUCUUCUACUGAAAGCUAGGAUGGGGAGGAAUAAGCUCUUUCCUUUGGACCUAUCUAAUCACUGUGGCAGAUCACUUGUGGUGAAGGGUGAAGACAAUGCCAAAUUGUGGCAUUUAGGAUAUGGACAUCUCAACAUCAAUAGUCUGAGACUGCUCAGUUGCAGGGGUUUUGUAAAUGGCCUACCCAAAAUUGGAGAACUAGAUUUGUGUGAAGGAUGCAUCUAUAUCUAUGGCAAGCAAACCAGAAGAUUAUUUCCCAUUGGAGGCUCAUGGAGGGCAAAUGACUGUCUGGAACUUCUUCAUGCUGAUUUGUGUGGCCCAAUGGACACGGAAUCAUUGGGUGGUAGCAGGUAUUUUCUCAUGAUCACUGAUGACUUUACAAAAAGGAAGAAUCUGGUGACCCGCUGGGACUGGCUGCUAUCCCGGAGAAGAAGUCCAGGUAAAGCCCCCCUCAGUUGGAAUGUUGCUGUCAAUUGCUCUGUUUGCAAUGCUAAUCUAGCUUCCUUGAUGUAUUUGACUGCACCUAUUGGUAUGUGGUUGAGUACAUAGGAGUGCAAUCUGUUAAUGUUACAAAACUAUUUAUCUACAGCCGGUAAUACUAUGUUUACAAGUAAUGGUCCAUUUAGGCCAGGAAAAGAUGGAAAGCUGAUGAAGAACUCAUUUUCUUGGAACAUCAGUAAGAUUUUAAUUCUAGACAAUUUUAUCGGUUAUCUAUGUGUUAUGCAUGUAUUCAUAUGUGUGUGAAGGCUUUUGUUCAUAUCGGAGUUUAGAUGUACUGAAUAACAUAAUUUGGAAACAAGCAGGUUCAAACAUGAUAUAUAUGGAUUAUCCCUUUGGACCUGGUUUUUCAUACUCCAAUAUGAGAAUGAGCUCGGACUAUGCAAAUUUGAAUUAUACCAUGACAGGUACUACCUCUCCAAAAGAGCUAUUUACCAAAUAGAAAUUCAUUACUUUUUCUAUGAAGGUAGUUUCUUAAUGGAGUGAAACUUGGCUAGGACUGUCUGGCUAAGUCCACAACAUAUUUGAAUGCUCAAGAGGCUUCAACUUCAUCAAUAUCAUUUUCGUCUCCCCUAGCUCCCACCCCUCAAUAGAAGAUCCAAAUGCUAGAAAACACAUGAAGGGUUGGUUUGGAUGGAAGGUUUUGGAGAUGAAUGUUUUAAUGAGGCUCAGUUUACAUCCUGAUAAAUGCAUUUAUUUCUAGAGACUGAAUAAAGAAUGAUUAGAAUAAAAAUACUCAACAAAAAACGUAACUUUUCCGAAGCAAUGACAAGUGAUUUUUAUACUGCAAUUCUUUCAUAAUACCAUGAACUAAAUGACUCUUUUCUGUAACAGGCUAUGAAAGAAGAUGUGACUCUACAAAAAGAAAACAGGAACAUGUGAUGCUAAAAUCAGUUAAAACAAAAACUUAGAGGCCACCUGUUCAAUGCUGGUAAUUGCCAACUAUGUGUAGGUGAUUCCUGCAAUUCCUGCAAUUAGCAAUGAUUUAAAUUCAUGUUAUACAGGGAGAAAUUGGUAAUAAUUUGAAGCAGUUGGGACUUUCUUUUUAAUUUCUAGCUAUCAGAUUUAUUGGCCAAGAGUUUGAUGAUUACAAAACUGAUGAGUUUUGCAGUAGAUGGAAGCUGCAUUUUCUACUCUAACCACUUUGCCGAGUACCCCUUCACUUUAUUUGUAUUUCUUUUUUUAUGGCUAAAGAAGGCAAAAAGGUGGAACUUUACCCACUUUAUUAUGUAGAGUGGCAAACAUUUGUUGUUUUCACGUUCUAAACGACCUAGUUGGAAGUCAACAGAAUCGACGAUGGCCAAUUUGCCACACUUCAGAAGGCUUUUCAAUGACCAGGUAGACAGACCCCCCUCACCCCCAUGUAAGUUUUCAAUAACUUUAUUUGUAUCAGUUGCAGAUUCAGCAAGUGCAGUUUAGUAACUUAGUGCUUGAUGAAAAAUAUGGGCUAUAAGGCUAAUGGGCAGAAAAUAAAGUUACCAAAUGGGCAUGCAUUUUUUUGCAGUUAAAAGUCAAGCAUGAAUGUGGCAUUUCCAGAGUUCGACAUUCGAUUGGGGCGAUGCCAGCGUUCGCUUCAAUUGAGUUGAUGUCUUGUUCCACUUUUUGUGUCGACUUUUUGUCGACACAAAAACGUUUUUUCUUGUAGGGAAAAGAAUGUUGAAAUGGAGGAGCUUGAGAGUGAAUAUAGGAAACUAUAGCAAACUGGGGAGUAAGAUAAAUUUUCUUUAAUUGUACCUCUUUUAAUUAUUAAGCUGGAUUUUCUUUUGUUAUGAUUAUUCAACAUAUGAAGUUUAAGAAAAUGUAAUAGAUGAGCUAUGUGCCAUAACUGUAAUUUACUUAUUUGUAAUAGGGCAUACUGCAGGAGUGCCAGUCCCAUACUCCCGUGGUCAUUAAAAAAACUCCAUGCAUUUGGAAGGCUUACUCAAAGAAUAUCUUUUAAGUUCUAUUUUUCAAAUGAUACUGCAUUGCAAAUGAUUUUGUGAUAUAUAACUCGAUUCUGUCAUUUAUUUUCAGAGAUCUAUUUAGAAUAUUUUAAAAGGUGAAGCAGUGAAAAAUCAGAAGGUAUGAUGUUGUCUGAAAGCCUUCUAAUUCUAGAUAUAUACUAGAAGAACAUGUGUGUCUAAUUUGCUGGCCGGAAGGACAUGUUCUGCCCUCUUUUUAAUGGCCCUCUCUAUCCAUCAACAGGUGCUUAAAUUUGCUGGUGAAGUUUAUACUGAAGCCUGAAAGGAUUCGGCUGGAUGGCUGGUUUCUAUUUAUUAGUGUUUUAUAUGACUAGUUUUGAAAUAUAGUUUUACUCUUUUGGGAUGUCAAUUUAGUGUCACAGAAUGUUUUUGUGACACAAGACAAAUGUCGCAGAAGGUAGGGAAUGGUGACACUAAAUUUAGUGUCACUGAAAAACUGUCAGUAAACCACGACACCAAGGUAUCACAAUAUACUAUGACAUGAUAACAUUGUAACACUUUAUGACACUUUAGUAUCAUACAAAAAUAUGACACAUUGGUAUCAUUAUAUGUUUAAUUAAUA